CCAACCACUGCCACAGUCGCAGCCGCCGCAGCCUCGGCCGCCGAGCAAGUAGCUCCGAGCAGCGGCUUCCUAGGCGCGCGGACGCGGACCGGGACGCCGCGCUCUGGGGGUUCCGCGCCUGAGCCAUGCCCGGCAGCCGCGCGUAAUCGCCGUGCCGGGUUGCCGCCGACCCGACUCUGUACGCGGUCCCUCGCCCGAGAGUCCUGCUUUCGGUGCACUCAGCUCCCUCGGUCUUGGCCGGCCGCUCGCAACCAUGCCCCGUGUGACUGCGCUCGGGGCCCUUGUGCCAUUGCUGCUGCCUCUCUUGCUACUGCUGCUGCCGCUGCCCCGCGACGCCGGGGGGCUCGGGGACGCCACCUGGGACUCCUCGGCGCUGGAAGGCGAGGAGAGCGCGGAGCAGCUGCUGGAGCAUUACCAUGACCCGUGCAAAGCCGCUGUCUUUUGGGGAGACAUUGCCUUAGAUGAAGAGGACCUGAAGUUAUUUCACAUCGACAAAGCCCAUGACUGGGUCAAGCAGUCAGUGGAGGACAUGGGACACAGCACAGGUGGGCUUGGAGAGCAGCCAUCUGGGAGCUGGCCAAAUGCUACAGCCACAAAUGCCAGCAGCGAAGAAGCCAGAGAGGAUGGAAAGGAGAAUGCCCUGCUUCCACAGAGCCCUGGAACCUUGCAUGCUGGAGCUGAGACCUUCUCUCCCCGGGUCCGAAGAGCCACAACCUCAAGGACAGAGAGGAUAUGGCCGGGAGGGGUCAUCCCGUACGUCAUUGGAGGGAACUUCACUGGAAGCCAGAGGGCCAUUUUUAAGCAGGCCAUGAGACAUUGGGAGAAGCAUACCUGCGUGACCUUCAUAGAGAGGACAGAUGAAGAAAGCUUCAUUGUGUUCAGUUACAGAACAUGUGGCUGUUGUUCCUAUGUUGGGCGCCGAGGUGGAGGCCCACAGGCCAUAUCCAUUGGAAAAAACUGUGACAAGUUUGGCAUUGUGGCCCACGAGCUGGGCCAUGUGGUUGGGUUCUGGCAUGAACACACCCGGCCAGACAGAGACCAGCAUGUAACCAUCAUCAGAGAAAACAUCCAGCCAGGUCAGGAGUAUAAUUUCUUAAAAAUGGAAGCUGGGGAAGUGAGCUCUCUGGGAGAGAUGUACGACUUCGACAGCAUCAUGCACUACGCCCGAAACACCUUCUCAAGAGGAGUUUUCUUGGACACCAUCCUCCCCCGACGAGAUGACAAUGGUGUCAGGCCAACCAUCGGCCAGCGGGUGCGGCUCAGUCAGGGAGACAUAGCUCAAGCCAGGAAGCUAUACAAGUGCCCAGCCUGUGGGGAGACCCUGCAGGACACGAUGGGGAACUUUUCUGCACCUGGUUUCCCGAACGGCUACCCUUCUUACUCCCACUGUGUAUGGAGGAUAUCGGUCACUCCAGGGGAAAAGAUCGUCUUAAACUUCACAUCCAUGGAUUUGUUUAAAAGCCGCCUGUGCUGGUAUGACUACGUGGAGGUCCGGGAUGGUUACUGGAGAAAAGCCCCCCUGUUGGGUAGGUUUUGUGGCGACAAAGUCCCAGAGCCCCUCAUCUCCACGGAUAGCCGGCUCUGGGUGGAAUUCCGAAGCAGCAGCAACAUCCUGGGCAAGGGCUUCUUCGCGGUAUAUGAAGCUACCUGUGGGGGAGACAUUAACAAAGAUGCCGGUCAGAUUCAAUCUCCUAACUACCCGGAUGAUUACAGACCUUCCAAGGAAUGUGUUUGGAGGAUUACCGUUUCGGAGGGGUAUCACGUGGGGCUUACCUUCCAAGCUUUUGAGAUUGAAAGGCACGACAGCUGUGCCUACGACUACCUGGAAAUCCGUGACGGCUUCACGGAAGACAGCGCCCUGAUUGGCCACUUCUGUGGCUAUGAGAAGCCAGACGAUGUGAAGUCCAGCUCCAAUAGAAUGUGGAUGAAGUUCGUGUCCGACGGCUCUAUCAAUAAAGCUGGCUUUGCAGCCAAUUUUUUCAAGGAGGUGGAUGAGUGUUCCUGGCCAGAUCACGGUGGGUGUGAGCAGCGCUGCGUGAACACUCUGGGCAGCUACAAGUGCAUGUGUGAUCCUGGCUACGAGCUGGCCGCUGACAAGAAGGCCUGUGAAGUGGCCUGUGGCGGUUUCAUUACCAAGCUGAAUGGAACCAUCACCAGUCCCGGGUGGCCGAAGGAGUACCCUACGAACAAAAACUGUGUCUGGCAAGUGGUGGCCCCCGCCCAGUACCGGAUCUCCCUUCAGUUUGAAGUGUUUGAACUGGAAGGCAAUGAUGUGUGUAAGUAUGACUUCGUGGAGGUGCGCAGCGGCCUGUCCCCUGAUGCCAGGCUGCACGGCAAGUUCUGCGGCUCUGAGACGCCCGAGGUCAUCACUUCGCAGAGCAACAACAUGCGUGUGGAGUUCAAAUCCGACAACACGGUCUCCAAACGCGGCUUCAGGGCCCACUUCUUCUCAGACAAGGACGAGUGCGCCAAGGACAACGGCGGCUGCCAGCACGAGUGUGUCAACACCUUCGGGAGCUACCUGUGCCGGUGCAGGAACGGCUACCGGCUCCAUGAGAACGGGCAGGACUGCAAAGAGGCCGGCUGUGUACACAAGAUCAGCAGCGCAGAGGGGUCCCUGAUGAGCCCCAACUGGCCUGACAAAUACCCGAGCCGGAGGGAGUGCACCUGGAACAUCUCUUCAACCGCGGGCCACAGGGUGAAACUCACAUUUAAUGAGUUCGAGAUCGAGCAGCACCAGGAAUGUGCCUACGACCACCUGGAACUGUACGACGGGCCUGACAGCCAGGCCCCCGUCCUCGGCCGUUUCUGCGGCAGCAAGAAGCCGGACCCCGUGGUGGCCUCGGGCAGCAGCCUGUUUCUCCGGUUUUAUUCGGACGCCUCGGUGCAGAGGAGAGGAUUCCAGGCCGUGCACAGCACAGAGUGUGGGGGCAGGCUGAAGGCCGAAGUGCAGACCAAAGAGCUCUAUUCCCAUGCCCAGUUUGGGGACAACAACUACCCAAGCCAGGCCCGCUGCGACUGGGUGAUCGUGGCGGAGGACGGCUACGGCGUGGAGUUGAUCUUCCGCACGUUUGAGGUCGAGGAGGAAGCCGACUGCGGCUACGACUACAUGGAGGCGUUCGACGGCUACGACAGCACAGCGCCCAGGCUCGGCCGCUUCUGCGGCUCCGGGCCAUUGGAAGAAAUCUACUCUGCAGGGGAUUCUCUGAUGAUUCGAUUCCAUACUGAUGACACCAUUAACAAGAAAGGCUUUCAUGCCCGAUAUACCAGUACCAAGUUCCAGGAUGCCCUACACAUGAAGAAAUAACGUUGUUCUUGAAAAACAGGAACUGAGAAUGUUUUUAUAACAAUAGCACCUUGUGAAUCUGCCCUAAAGCAGUGUACAGUAUUAUUCUCAAACAAAAACUCAAAAUCUAGCCUUGGAAGCGUGUGUUUCUGAUGAAUUUGGCCAGAACAAGGAGGGGAGAAGAUAUUUCUUUGAUUCCGGCCUCAGUGUUACCAAUCAUGCAGUUUUAAAGAUUGAGAUUUGAUGUCACUGGCUAUUUAAGCUUGGCCUGUUUGUUCUCUUUGCCCUUUGCUCCUAUGAGGCAGAAGCCUACCCUUGGGUGGCUCUGUUUCUGGAUGUGCUUCCAUAGGUGUAAGGCAGGCUGACCAUGUCUCAGAGACUCAGGGCAUCUUCCGUCAGCGCUGGGCAAUGAGGAUAAAAGACUGGCCAUAGCUCACGUGAUCCUCACAGCUUUAGCUGGAGACAUUAACUCUCUGCCAGGGACACAUCACCCAAGAAGCCCGAGAAUAUGGGUGCUGGGACUAAAACAGGCAUCACGGUAAGCAUCGUACAGAGGAAGCUGGUGUUUGAGGAUCACUGUCACAUAGCAAGGAGACCCCCAACUUGUCCUCUGUGUCUUCAGCUCUGCUUGCCCAUGUUGGGUUUUCUCCAUCCCUAAUUGCAUUAAGGGUCCAAGGCAUCUGUUGUGACUUCAGCAGAACAUUUGCUGGUGAGAGUCCCUAGUCUUCUGAAAAGAAGAUAUCCUGACUUGUCCUCCUGCCCUCGCUGACUUGGAGAAGACUCCACGUGGCCUUGGGAUUCCAUGGGCCAAUAAUAUCUCUUUCUCCAGCCUUGGAGGCCCUUGCUGUGGUUGACUUUCAUUCCUGACAACCAA